GACGCAACGGUCAUAUUAACACCUUCACUUUGCUACCAAAACAAAGAUAACCAAGUAAUUUAAAUAAAAGUAAAACAAAAUGUCGGUGGAUUGGUUCGGUUAUGUGUAUGCUGCCACAGUGGCCGCCGGCGGAAUUAUGGGAUUCGCGAAGGCGGGUUCCAUUCCGUCGUUGGGAGCGGGUUUGGCCUUUGGAGCCCUGCUCGGCUAUGGCGCCCAUCUGAAUUCCCAGAACACUCCACGCCCUCUGCUCCAACUAGGCACGUCCCUAUUCCUGGCCGGAUUAAUGGGCGCCCGGUGGAAUCGUUCCGGAAAACUAAUGCCUGCCGGCAUAGUCUGCAUGCUCUCUGUCGCAGCUUUGGUCAAGAAUGUGGCCACCUACAAUCGCCACCUGUUGCCCACCCCUACAAAGGCUCCCUAAAUUCCCAACCGAAUGGGCACAUAAUGCUGGACUUGCCAGGAGACUUUUACCUUAACUCUUCAUUUACAUACUCUUGCUAAUUGCUGUUUUUAUUUAGUUACCUACAGUUGGUGAUUGGACCUUUGGUAUAGCGCUGUGUCACUUUCUAAGCUAGUGAUAAGAAACUGUACUUGCUACAAAUAAAGUUUAUUAUCUUUUCAUUUAUUA